GAGGAGCGGGCGCGGGCUUCAUCAGCUGACCGCGUCCCGUGACGGGCCCCGGCCUGACGGCGGCUGCGCCGAGAGGGCGGUCUCGUAGCCGGAGCUAAGAUGGCGGCCUCCAGAGCCAGGCUCUGAGCGGGGCGGAGCGGCUGCCGGGGCAGGGCGAGGGCGAGGGCUCCGCUCAGCGGCCCUUCACCCUUAUCGCUGUCAAGCGCGGUGCUGGUGGGGGUAGGCCCGGGCAGCGCAGGCUCCCCGGCCAGGUCUUCGCACAAAAUGAAUAUAAUUAGAGAAAACAGAGAUCUUGCUUGUUUCUACACAACAAAACAUUCAUGGAGGGGAAAGUAUAAGAGAGUCUUUUCAGUUGGAACCCAUGCCAUCACCACAUACAAUCCCAACACUCUAGAAGUUACAAAUCAGUGGCCUUAUGGAGAUAUCUGUAGUAUUUCUCCUGUUGGAAAAGGACAAGGAACAGAAUUCAGUCUAACUUUUCGCAAAGGAAGUGGAAAAAAGUCUGAAACUCUGAAGUUUUCCACAGAGCACAGAACAGAACUCCUUACAGAGGCACUAAGGUUCAGGACAGACUUCUCAGAAGGAAAAAUCACAGGACGGAGGUACAACUGUUACAAACAUCACUGGAGUGAUACGAGGAAACCUGUGAUUCUAGAAGUGACUCCUGGAGGUGUGGACCAAAUUGAUCCUGCAACAAAUAAAGUCCUGUGCUCCUAUGACUAUAGAAACAUUGAAGGCUUUGUUGAUAUUGCUGGCUAUCAGGGAGGCUUCUGUAUCCUCUAUGGAGGAUUUAGUAGAUUGCACCUGUUUGCGUCUGAGCAGAGGGAGGAAAUUAUCAAAAGUGCAAUAGAGCAUGCUGGCAACUUCAUAGGCAUCUCUCUGAGGAUAAGGAAAGAAUCCUUAGAAUUUGAGCAAUACUUGAAUCUUCGCUUUGGAAAAUACAGCAAUGAUGAAUCCGUAACGUCUUUAGCAGAGUUUGUUGUUCAGAAAAUAACUCCUAGACACUUGGAACCUGUGAAAAGAGUACUAGCUCUUACAGAAGCUUGCUUAGUUGAACGGGAUCCAGCUACCUAUAACAUUGCAACUUUGAAACCUUUAGGCGAGGUAUUUGCAAUAGUAUGUGACUGUGAAAAUCCCCAGCUUUUUACCAUUGAAUUUAUCAAAGGACAAAUUCGGAAAUACUCUUCAACAGAAAGAGAUUCUCUCCUAGCUAGCUUGCUGGAUGGAGUUAGAGCCUCUGGUAACAGAGAUGUGUGUGUGAAAAUGACCUCCACGCACAAAGGACAGCGUUGGGGAUUGCUCAGUAUGCCUGUAGAUGAAGAAGUAGAGAGCCUUCAUCUCAGAUUUUUGGCUGCUCCUCCAAAUGGUAACUUUGCAGAUGCUGUGUUCAGGUUCAAUGCUAACAUUUCCUACAGUGGAGUACUACAUGCAGUUACACAAGAUGGUCUGUUCUCGGAAAACAAGGAGAAACUCAUUAAUAAUGCCAUAACAGCAUUGCUCUCACAAGAAGGAGAUACUGCAGCGUCUAAUGCAGAGCUUGAAAGCCAAUUCCAAGCAGUAAGAAGAUUAGUGGCUUCAAAAGCAGGCUUCCUUGCCUUUACUCAGCUUCCAAAGUUUCGAGAACGAUUAGGAAUGAAGGUUGUGAAAGCCCUCAAAAGGAACAAUGAUGGAGUAACCCAUGCAUCUAUUGACAUGCUUUGUGCUCUUAUGUGUCCCAUGCAUGAUGACUAUGACUUGAGACAGGAGCAGCUGAACAAAGCUUCCCUUCUUUUUUCAAAGAAGUUUCUAGAAAACCUACUAGAGAAAUUCAAUUCCCAUGUGGAUCAUGGGACAGGUGCCCUAGUAAUUAGUUCACUUCUGGACUUCCUGACAUUUGCCCUAUGUGCUCCAUAUAGUGAGACUACUGAAGGGCAGCAGUUUGACAUGUUGUUAGAAAUGGUGGCAUCUAAUGGAAGAACGCUCUUUAAGCUCUUUCAGCACCCUUCCAUGGCAAUUGUGAAAGGAGCAGGUUUGGUGAUGAAGGCAAUAAUAGAGGAAGGAGACAAAGAGAUUGCUACCAAAAUGCAAGAUCUUGCCCUCAGUGAAGGUGCCUUACCUCGUCACUUGCACACUGCUAUGUUUACAAUAAGCACAGAUCAGAGGAUGCUUACAAAUAGGCAGUUAAGUAGACAUUUGGUUGGCCUCUGGACAGCUGAGAACAAAACUGCAAUGAACCUGUUGAAACGUAUUUUGCCACCAGGUUUGCUGGCGUACCUUGACAGUACUGAUCCUGUUCCUGAAAAAGAUACUGAUAGGAUGCAUGUGAGAGAUAACUUAAAAAUUGCAACUGAUCAGUAUGGCAAGUUUAAUAAAGUGCCGGAGUGGCAGCGGCUAGCUGGAAAAGCUGCAAAGGAAGUCGAAAAAUUUGCCAAAGAGAAGGUGGAUCUAGUCUUGAUGCACUGGAGAGAUAGAAUGGGCAUAGCUCAAAAAGAGGACAGAAACAAUAUGAACGUUAUUCAAAAGCCAGUGAUAUUAAGGAAACGACGGCAAAGAAUAAAAAUAGAAGCAAACUGGGAUCUCUUCUAUUACAGAUUUCUUCAGGACCAUACUAGAUCAAACUUAAUUUGGAACUUCAAAACACGGGAAGAACUGAGGGAUACUCUUGAGUCUGAGAUGAGAGCAUUCAAUAUUGACAGAGAACUUGGCAGUGCUAGUGUUAUCUCAUGGAACCAUCAGGAGUUUGAGGUAAAAUAUGAGUGCCUUUCUGAGGAAAUAAAAAUAGGGGAUUAUUACCUAAGGUUGCUACUGGAAGAAGAUGAAACUGAAGAGAGCGGAGCAAUCAAAAAAUCAUAUGAAUUCUUCAAUGAGCUCUACCAUCGCUUCUUACUUACCCCAAAAGUGAAUAUGAAAUGCUUAUGUCUGCAAGCAUUGGCUAUUGUUUAUGGAAGAUGUCAUGAAGAAAUAGGACCGUUUUCUGAUACCAAGUAUAUUGUUGGGAUGUUAGAACGGUGCACUGAUAGGCUUGAGCGGGACAGACUGAUACUGUUUCUCAACAAGCUGAUCCUUAAUAAGAAAAAUGUGAAGGACCUUAUGGAUUCAAAUGGAAUUCGAAUCCUUGUGGAUCUGCUCACUCUGGCACACCUUCACACAAGUAGAGCUACAGUCCCUCUGCAGAGCAAUGUGAUUGAGGCGGCGCCUGAUAUGAAGAGGGAGAGUGAGAAAGAAUGGUACUUCGGGAAUGCUGACAAAGAAAGGAGUGGUCCUUAUAGCUUUCAAGAGAUGCAGGAACUAUGGGACAGUGGAAAACUGACUUCAAAAACACGUUGCUGGGCUCAAGGUAUGGAUGGCUGGCGACCAUUACAAGUCAUCCCUCAGCUGAAGUGGUGCUUGCUUGCCAGUGGCCAGGCUGUGUUGAAUGAGACUGACCUUGCUACGCUUAUACUCAACAUGCUCAUCACAAUGUGUGGAUAUUUUCCCAGCAGGGAUCAAGACAACGCUAUUAUAAGACCUUUGCCUAGAGUGAAAAGGCUGCUGUCAGAUAGUACUUGCCUUCCUCAUAUCACUCAGCUGCUACUGACUUUUGAUCCUAUCCUUGUGGAAAAAGUCGCUAUAUUGUUGUUUCACAUCAUGCAAGAUAACCCUCAGUUACCUCGUUUCUAUUUGAGUGGAGUAUUCUUCUUUAUCAUGAUGUACACGGGUUCCAAUGUACUUCCUAUUGCAAGGUUUUUGAAAUACACACAUACAAAACAAGGUUUCAAGUCUGAAGAAACAAAAAGUCAAGAUAUAGUUCAAAGAAGUAUACUUGGACAUAUUCUUCCUGAAGCAAUGGUGUGUUACUUAGAAAAUUAUGAGCCAGAAAAAUUUUCAGAGAUAUUCCUUGGGGAAUUUGACACUCCAGAAGCAAUUUGGAGCAAUGAAAUGAGGCGUCUUAUGAUAGAAAAGAUUGCUGCUCAUCUUGCUGACUUCACCCCUCGUCUUCAAAGCAAUACAAGGGCCCUCUACCAAUACUGUCCUAUCCCAGUUAUCAACUAUCCACAACUGGAAAAUGAACUGUUCUGUAAUAUUUAUUACCUGAAGCAUCUUUGUGAUACACUCAGAUUUCCAGACUGGCCAAUUAAAGAUCCAGUCAAAUUGUUGAAAGACACCCUAGAAGCUUGGAAGAAGGAGGUAGAAAAGAAGCCACCUACAAUGUCAAUAGAUGACGCUUAUGAGGUCCUUAACCUUCCCAAAGGACAAGGACAGCAUGAUGAAAGCAAGAUCAGGAAAGCCUAUUUUAGGCUCGCCCAAAAAUACCACCCAGACAAGAAUCCAGAAGGCAGGGAUAUGUUUGAAAAAGUUAAUAAAGCAUAUGAGUUUCUAUGCACGAAGUCUGCCAAAGUGGUAGAUGGGCCAGAUCCUGAAAACAUCAUUUUGAUCUUGAAAACUCAAAGCAUCCUCUUCAACAGGCAUAAGGAAGAGUUGAAACCUUACAAGUAUGCAGGCUAUCCUAUGCUGAUUAAGACUAUCACCAUUGAAACAUCAGAUGACCUCUUGUUUUCCAAAGAAUCUCCCCUGUUGCCUGCUGCCACAGAACUCGCUUUCCAUACUGUCAAUUGUUCAGCAUUAAAUGCAGAAGAACUGAGAAGAGAAAAUGGAAUUGAGGUAUUGCAAGAAGCAUUUAAUCGUUGUGUGGCAGUCUUGACUCGUUCUAGUAAACCAGAUGAUAUGUCUGUACAGGUGUGUGGACAUGUUAGUAAAUGUUACAGUGUGGCAGCUCAGUUUGAGGAAUGCAGAGAGAAGAUUACAGAAAUGCCUAACAUCAUUAAGGACCUCUGUAGGUUACUGUAUUAUGGCAAGAACAUACCACGAGUAGCUUCUUUGGGGGUAGAGUGUGUUAGCUCCUUUGCCUUAGAUUAUUGGCUACAAACACAUUUGUUCCAAGCUGGAGUUCUCUGGUACUUGCUGGGUUACCUCUUCAACUAUGACUAUACACUGGAAGAGAGUGGUAUUCAGAAAAGUGAAGAUUCUAAUCACCAGGAGGUAGCAAAUAGCCUUGCUAAACUCAGUCUGUUAGCCUUGAGUCGUCUUGGAGGGUACCUUUCUGAAGAACAAGCUACGCCUGAAAACCCAGCGAUCAGAAAAAGCUUAGCUGGAAUGUUAACACCCUAUAUUGCAAGGAAACUUGCUGUGGUCAGUGCUACUGAGACUCUGAAGAUGCUUAACAGUAACACAGAGAACCCAUACUUGAUCUGGAACAACGGGACAAGAGCUGAAUUACUUGAGUUCUUGGAAUCUCAACAAGAAAGCAUGAUUAAGAGAGGUGAUUGUGACAAGAGUUAUGGAUCUGACUUUGUCUUUAGUGACCAUGCAAAGGAACUUAUUGUGGGAGAGAUUUUUGUUAGAGUCUACAAUGAGGUCCCUACCUUCCAACUAGAGCUUCCUAAAGCAUUUGCUGCAAGCCUCUUGGAUUACAUAGGCUCACAAGCACAGUACCUUCAUACAUUAAUGGCAAUAACACAGACUGGAAAAGUAGAGUCCAAUCAACAUGGAGAUCGGUUACGGAGAGUUGAAAUGGCUCUGGAGGCCCUGAGAAAUGUGAUAAAACACAACCCAGGUUCUGAGUGUGAAUGCAUAGGUCACUUUAAGUUGAUAUUCUCCCUUCUGCGUGUUCAUGGAGCUGGCCAGGUGCAGCAGUUGGCUCUGGAGGUAGUGAACAUAGUGACAAGUAACCAAGAAUGUGUUAACAACAUUGCUGAAGCAAUGGUUCUUGCAAACUUACUGGCACUCCUGCAUUCCUUACCUUCAAGUCGGCAACUUGUCCUUGAAACUUUGUAUGCUUUGACAUCAAGCACAAAAAUAAUUAAAGAGGCCAUGGCAAAAGGUGCUUUAAUCUACUUACUGGAUAUGUUCUGCAACUCAACUCAUCCGCAGGUCCGAGCCCAAACAGCAGAGCUCUUUGCCAAAAUGACUGCAGAUAAGCUAGUGGGUCCAAAGGUUAGGAUUACACUAAUGAAGUUUUUACCUGGAGUCUUCAUGGACGCUAUGAGAGACAACCCCGAAGCUGCUGUUCAUAUCUUUGAGGGAACUCAUGAAAAUCCUGAGUUAAUUUGGAAUGACAACUCUAGGGAGAAAGUAUCAACAACAGUUCGAGAGAUGAUGCUUGAGCACUUUAAACUUCAGAGGGACAACCCUGACACUAACUGGAAGCUGCCUGAAGACUUUGCUGUGGUGUAUGGUGAGGCAGAUGGUGAACUUUCGGUGGGGGGAGUCUUCUUAAGGAUUUUUAUUGCCCAGCCGGCCUGGGUUUUACGGAAACCAAGGGAAUUUCUCAUUGCACUGCUGGAAAAGUUUACUGAACUACUGGAGAAAAAUAACCCCCAUGGGGAAACCUUAGAAACCAUUACCACAGCAACUGUGUGCCUGUUCAGUGCUCAGCCUCAGCUAGCUGAUCAAGUCCCUCCACUUGGGCAUCUUCACAAGAUACUCCAAGCCAUGAACCACAAGAACAAUGCCAUUCCGAAAAGUGCCAUUCGUGUCAUGCACAUAUUGUCUGACAAUGAGCUUUGUGUUCGAGCAAUGGCAUCGCUUGAGACCAUUAGCCCUCUCAUGAACGGAAUGAAAAAGAGACCAGAUGUAAUUGGUGUAGCCUGUGAAGCACUUAACCGAAUGUUUCAGAAGGAACAAAAUGACUUAGUAGCUCAAGCUUUGAAGGCGGAUCUGGUCCCUUAUCUUCUAAAGUUGCUUGAAGGUAUUGGUCUUGAGAACCUGGAAAGCCCAUCUGCAACAAAAGCUCAGAUUGUUAAAACUCUGAAAUCCAUGUCUCGCAGCCUACAGUAUGGAGAACAGGUAAAUGAAAUUCUGUCUCGUUCUUCUGUAUGGAGUGCCUUCAAAGAUCAGAAACAUGACUUGUUCAUUUCUGAGACGCAAACAGCAGGAUACCUCACAGGCCCCGGAGUUGCUGGCUACCUUACUGCAGGGACAACGUCAUCUGUAAUGCCCAACAUACCACCCCCAGUAGACAACGAAGUGGGAGAUGUCAGCUAAGGACUAGAAAUUCAUGUGAAAGAGGCACAAAGGCAGACUGGCCAGUGAUGAGGAACUGCGUUUUCCUCCAACACAUUGAAGUGAACUUACUGCCUUUCCAAGUGUUUAAUGACAGUGUUAUUCCUUUUUCUAUGACUGUUUUUUAGGAAAAAGUUGGUGAUUCUAACUAUCACACUGUAACAUAAGAAAGCACUCUGUGGAUCAGUUGAAAUGGGUACGCAAGAAUUUUUUUCUUGCUGUACGUAAGCACAUUUUGUUCCUUUAUAUUUGUUUACAAGACUGUGAAUCAAACUUUCCUAGUUUUUAUAUCUUAUGACUUAGCAUGACUGGAGUUGAGCUACAGUCUAGAGGAAUUGGGCUAAAAUCACUUUGACCUCACCAACCCCCACUAAAAGGACAUCCCUUCUUUUCCUAGUCUGACAUGAUCACUCCUCAUUGAACUUGACUUCCAAAGGGUAUCUCCCCACACCAGUUCACUGAUGUCCUUAAUCAUUAACGUUAUCUUCCUGAGAUCAAACAGCAUUAGACACUUGUAUGUAUAACUGGCUUUACCAAAUUGAAAAAGCUUCAGCAAAAAACUUAAGGUUGACAUGUUAUGUAAGAAAUUAGUGUAAUUGUGAAAUGUUCUAUACAUUAUCCAGUAUAUAAAAACUUUCUAUAUUGAGUGUACAUUAUACAGAUCAUUCAUAUGUACAUAAAAUUUUAAAAUAAAGGGAAUUAAGAGCCUUG